UGAUGACGUGUGCACGCCUCCACAGGUGAGUUCAUUUACAGGUGAUGAGGCGCCUCGCGCUCCGAGCAGAGGAAGAAGAAGCUCUCAGAGGAAAGUCACCGAUCAGAGUUUAAAAAACCGAGUCAGUGACACAAUGAGCGAUUCAGAACAGCAACAGAAGACCGAGGAGGUGUGUGAGCCCCAGUGGCCUGAGAACGGAGCUGAGUGGAGCGAUGCAGAGGAGGAGACCCACAUGGACUGUGGUCUGCUGCAGGCCAUGGCUGAGGAGGACGAGGACAUCAAUGUCUUCAACGAAGAGACGUUUGGAGCCGAUCUCGAUACAAAUGAGACCCCAGAGGGCCCGGGUGGCAGUCUGCUUCCGUUUGGAGAGCCGCCGCCGCCUCCCCCGCCAUCGCCACCACUACCGGACCCCUCCCCUCCGUCUCACCACAACUCCCCCUCCCCUCCCAGACAGAAGCCACGGGACCUGCCCCGGGCCCCCCCUCGGCAGUGUGGCAGAGGUAGGGGACACAGGGGCGGGCUGAACAGGGGACAGAUGUUUGAAGAUCCAGCUGUGAUGAGGAUAGUGGAGGGUCGACCCAACGUCAAGACUCUUGACAGUGCCAUCGUGGACUGUGGGAACACCGUGUGCCAGGAAAUCUGUGAGGACGAUUGGAUGGCGCCCAGUUACAGAAAAAACAGGCGGAUCUCGGGAUCACUACUUCAGGACAGUGCUAUAGUUUGUGUGAUUGAUGGUCACAGAGGCAGAGGUCAGCACCUGACCUCCAACUUCCUGGAUUUGCCAUAUCCUGUCUCCUCCUUCAGGGGCAGGAGAGGGGAACCCCGAGGUCCCUACUGCAGGAGACAGUUUGGCCAAAGAGGCCCGUCGCAGAUGCAUUCACCACUGUUGCCGGGGUCGCCCGUCUUCUCACGUCAACCUUUGACCCCAAGGCAGCUUUACAAUCAGACGGGGAGGUUCAUGUUUCCUUCCAGCCGCCCGUGUCCGUCCACUCCUCAGUCUCUUACUCCUAAGAUGAUGCAACUUCGCUUUGGUGCCAACUCCCCGAGACCGUCGCCCUUUUACAGCCCCUCGUCGAAUCCUGUGCAGCAUUUCAGGUACCCCGGGCCUGUCACCCAGCUGCACCCCCAGCACAAACGAUUACUCAGUCAGAAACAUGUGUUUCAAAGAAAGUUUGACGGCUGGGAUCCUUAUUGUAAUCUCAUGACGACCAAAGAGAGGGAGUGGAUCACCAGGCUGCAGAUGAUUCAGCUACAGAGUGAGAAUCCUUAUCUCGAGGAUUAUUACUACCAGGAGUACUACCGUCGAAUAGAAGCCAAGAUGGCCGAGGAGGAGCUCGGCAUCAGGAGCAAGAGGGAGCCGCCCAAGCUCACCACACCGUACAUCACGAAGACCGACUCCUACGCACCAGUUGUGCACAUCGAGGGCUCGUUGGGUCAAGUUGCUGUCUCCACAUGUUACUCCCCUCGUCGUGCCAUCAGUGCAGUUAAUGCCGUCCAAGCUCAGGGUCCUCUUGAGGAGCAAAAAGACACGAGACAGCAGCGGUUAGAGGUCCUCAGCAAAAUAGAAAAGUUGUUCAUGGCUCUGUUAGAGGUGGAGGAGACGGAGAGAGUAAAAACCCCCGUCUUGUCUGAAGCAGAAGAAAGACUGCUGAUGGAGAAAACUCAGUUUAAGGUGGAGCACAUCUACUCUCAGCUGCAAAACCACAACCCUGCAGAUUCAGGAGGAGAGUUUCUUCCUUUCCUGCACGUCUCAAAAGGCAAAAAGCUUCUCGCUCGUCUGCUUCCGUUUCUCAAACACGAUUCGGCGCUGAAAAUCUUGCGUAUCGUGACGUCGAACUUACCAACGCUGAUGAGCAAAGAUACAGAAGAGGCUCUUCCAGUUCUCUACCCUCCCCUUCGAAAUGUGAUCGGAGGUCUGACGUUCAGUCAGCUCAUUAGAGUUCUCAAAGAUCUGACGUCAUCGGAGGCUCUAUCGACAUACGAGUGUCUCACGCUGGCAUGUCAGAACAAGUUUGGACUGUCGUUGCUGUACGCUCUCCUCUCUCAAGGAGAGAAGCUGCUGUCGUCAGGCGUUCCUCUGGAGCCCAGCAUCGGCGACUUUGAGACCUGGACUGACACAAUAUUCCAGGUGGCGGGGCAGCUGUCCCAGUGUUCACUGGUGGAGCCGCUCAUUCUGCCCUCGAACCUGCUCACUCUCUUCUGCCGUUACCUGGACAAGCGCACCGUGCAUCAGCUGAAAAGCAACAUGGAGUCUGUGACUGGAUUCCUUGCUCUUCCAUCGUAAGCUGGACCGAAGCUAACGAGAUGCUCGGCUAAUAACCAGGUUGUAGUGAGCAGUGAGAGGAGCAGAAGCUUAAACUCCUCGGUGUUCGUUAUAACAGAAGCUCUGUAAAAUAAUCGGAACUGUUAAAAAUGCUUUAAUUCUUAUUCCCCUCCCUCCCUCGUCCCUUCACGUUUCUGCACUCUCAAACUGUUUCCCUUUUUAUUUCCUUUAUCUGAUCUUUUUACUUUCCUCCCAUUGGUCGCCAGUCAGUUGUCUGAAAUUACAAGCUGCGUUUCUUUUUUUCAUUCAAUUAUUUUAACCUUAAAGUGUUUCAUCAUUUCAUUAGAUCGUCAUGGUGACAUUAACUGGUGAAUGGAGCUGAUUUACGUCUGGCUUCUAUCAAACCACAUUAUUUAUUUCUGAAAGUUUCAACUUAAAGCUAAUUACAUUUAGGACAAUAAAUGUGCUGGCUCAGAUAUUUGCAAAACAUAUUUUACUUAAACGACACCCAAAAAUAAAAGUAAUUUAUUUAUUACUGAUCUCAGAAUAAAACAAAUACUCAUUAUGUUAAGAAGUGAAUUCUUUCUUUGAAUAUCCCUUUUUUUUCCCCGUUUUAAAAUUCUGGGGAAACAAAAAAUAUAGUGGAACUACAUUGUGGAACUUCUGUAUUUCUAUAAGUAGCAUCUAAUUACAUUUAAGACAGUAGACUUCAUGUUGUGUAGGACAAUGGUGACCAGGUUGAGGAUUGUAUAGUAAUGUAAUUGUACAGCUGAACCUGUGUGUUCAUAUAUCUUUUUG